GUUUGGGUGCCAGCGCCUGGCCCAGCCCGGUGCCAGGACACCGCCGGGAGGACCUGGUGAACGUGAGGCGGCAGUGCGCCCUGGCGGCGGGAAGGGCCCUCGCGGGCCCCGAGCGCCCAGCCUGCCUGGGACCUGCUCCCAGGGCCGGGUUUGCUCUCCCUCAGUACAAGGGAGAGAGCAAAACACCGGAAGGAGGCCAGGGCAGGGGACACCGAAAUGGUCGGGCGCUUCAGCACAUGAUGUACAAGGAGAGGCCGAAGCGUUUGUUCAGCUUGAAAAAAAAGACAAGCCGAGGGGGAAUCUGCUGGUUUUAGCUACCUGGAGAAGGCUUUAGAAAAAAAUGGAGCUAAACUCUACUCAGAGUGCAAUAAGAAAAAAAACCCUACUCUGUAGCUUCCAUUUCCUGCAUCGCGGAUUAUUUCACUUCAGUUCUAAUGCUAGCUUUCUAAAUCCAAGUACCAAGCAAAACCUUUUUUCAGUUAGAAAAAGAAACUGAAAAUCAAAACUAAAAUUAAAUUAUUUUAACAUCCUAUUUACUGAAUAAGAAGAUGCAAAGCUCUGAUCCCCAGGACAUUGGUGAGGUUAAAUGACUAAGAAACUGACGCAGAAGCUGAUUGAUAUGAAACAACAAACACAAGAAGAGAAGAAGAAGCUGGCAGACUACUAUGCCCAACAAAUAAAAGAACUGGAGGAGGAAUUUCAGAAAAAAGUUGAGGAAAUUGGCCAAAUUCAAUUAGAACUGAUAUUAAUAAAGGAGUUCCACAGGGAGAAAGCAGCUAUGGAGAAAGAGCUGGAAGAUAAAAAAAUGGAAGAAGAUGUUGAGAAAAAGCAAAUGAUAAUGGUGGAGACUGCCCAGCAUGAGGCUGUUUUGCAGCUGAACAGCACUGGGAAAGAGAUGUUCAAGGAGAAUGUUAGUCUUCACAGUGCCUUUGCUUACCAGCUGAAAGAGACAAUGGAACUGCAGAAAAUCAAACAGAAGUUAGAAGAGGACAAAGCUCUUCUGUUACAGGAGAAGGAAAUCAAUGAGUGUUCGAUUCGAAAAAAGAUCCUACAGAUCAAUCGCCAGAAAACACAGAUUGGAGAUCUGCAGCGUAAAGUGGAAAAGCUGGAGAUGGCCUUACAUCACAUGACCCGACAAUCUGUGAGAGAGACUCGGAAAACACAGCUGGUAGAAAACCAGGCAAGCAUGGUGGAGAUCAAGAAACUGCAGCAACUACUAGAAAUGAAGGAUCGGGAGAUGAACCGAGUGAAGAAACUAGCCCGGAAUAUCUUAAAUGAGAGGACCGAGGUGGAAAGGUUCUUCCUAGAUGCUCUGGAACAUGUGAAGCAGGAGAUCAUAUCCAGUAGAAAGCACUAUAAGAAGAAGGCUCAAAUUGCCUAUUACAGAAAAAUGAUGGAGGCAUGUGCAGGGAAGGAAGAAUUUCCCCAAAUCAAAACAUUCAAAAGCAACAUAAAUAGCACAAAUAGUGUGUACAGAGACCUAGAGGAAGCAGAGAAAUGCUACUGGGAAAAAAUCCAGUUUGAAAAAGUGGAUAUCAGUGAGUUGACAUGGGAACAAAAAGAACGUGUUCUGCGACUGCUUUUUGCCAAAAUGAAUGGCACAAAUCCAUGGAAAUGCACCAGAGUGUUGGCUACUUCAGCUCCAGCUCCUGACGAUACUAAAGAAGAAAGCAGAAUUGGGUGCAUGAAUGAAUGCCAAUGUCUUAAUGGUGAUUUACCUACAAUAUUUUACCUUUGCAGCGCAGAAAAUACUUCUCCCAACCUAAUAUUCAUUACACAGCAGGACGAAUUACCAGAUUCGUCAUCUUCUGCAGCAGUCCUUCCACCUAUUCAGAUGUUAACCCCACAGGAGUAAGGCAGCUGCAUGCUUUGCAUGAGCAACAGCCACAGCAAUUACUGACUCAUCUGCACUUUUCAUUUUGGAAGUUCUCUUGUGAGCAAAAGUACAAAUUCUAAAUCCCCUGUCUGCUGCACUGCUGCUUUGACUACACCUUUGAAAUCUAUCCGACAUAGUUAUUUUCCUCCUUCUUAAAGUAAAGAUUUUAUUCUUUCCCAAGCCAGGAGCUCAGAUGACCCCAUACAAAGCACUAGGGUUUGGAGUAGUGCUUAGAACUCUGUAUGUAUGUGUUGCUAUAAUUUGAUGAAGAUACAUUUUCAGUUUGGAAUAAAGUAAUUUAUGUGAAGCU